AUGUGCCCCCGCCCCGCUCUCCCCAAAGCGAAGGACCGGCCGGCUCGCUCCGCCCACAGCAAGCGGAAGGGCCAAUCAGCCGCCCCGCUCACUCCAGGCCCGGAGGAGCAGGAGGAGGCCAGCCCCUCCCAGGCACCAGGGGGCGAUGUGGAGCAGCUGGACACAGCCAGGACGGGCAAAGAGCAGCCACAGCACGUCACUGAGACCGGAGCACUGAGAGUCCACAGCAACGUCAGGCUGGAGCCCGUGGCAGUGUGGAGGGGCCAGGAGACGAGCCGCCCCGCCCCGCCGCCCCCCGUGCCCUGCCCCGUGCCCUGCCCCGCGCCCUGCCCCGUGCCUUGCCCCGCGCUGAUGAGGGCCGCCCUGCGGGGGCAAGAGGGGCAGCAGUGCCGCUGCAGUAGCAGGAGGAUGCCCCUGCUCACGGACCUGGAGUACGACGCCUUCGUCACGGCAACGCCCCCCCACGCCCAGCAGGUCCUGGUGGUGUGUGUCACUCCCGUGGCCCCGCCCACCGGAGACGCCCUGGACCAGCUGUACAGAGCCAAGAACAAGAACAGGAGCAUGCCCUGCACACAGUGUCAGCAGGACUCAUUCCGUCUGGUGAGGUACGAGGUUCCCACGGCGAACUCCCCCUCCGCUACCCACAAUGCCCUGCUGCAGCGGAGGAACAACAUCGCGCCAGGGAUGUUCCUGAUGUACGCGGGAGGCCGGCUGCUGUUUGCGGACCACAUCUUCAACGGCUACAGCUGCACCGCCAGGGACCUGCACAAGCAGAUCACCAAGACCCGCGAGGCCUACCUCCAGGGCCAGAGCCUGCCCUCCGACUUCCGCUUCAGUCCUCCGGUGGGGGCGUUCACAGCAGAGACGGGCUCCCCCGCCCCUCAGAAACCACGAGGAAGAAGUGCCACGUGGAACGAGCACCAAACACCCCUCCUGUCCAGGAAAAGGAUCCCCAAAACCUGCGACAGGGCAGGAUCCGCUCGAGACGCAGUCACCUCUCUCCUGAGGAGGAGCCUCCAGCAGCCAGCCAAGAGGACACUCCCAGUCACCCUCCCCAUCUUACCCACGGAGCAGAGCCCACAGAGGGCUGGCCCCCGAACUUUAGCCCCAGGCUGCACGUCCGGCCUAUGAGCCCGUUCCCCUACCCGACCACCCGCUGGCCCCCUCUCUGCACCACAGAACAAGAGGCAGGCUCUGGGAGGCCUUCGGUAACGGGGCUGGUGGCUGAAUGAAAGGAUACGCAGCUAUUUUUUUUUAAAUGGUCGUUUAUUUCCGAAAUCAAAUGGUCGUUUAUUUCCGAAAUCAAAUGGAGGAAUAA